AUACAGACUAUCCAACAGGGAAGGUGCCAGGGCUGCCCAGAGCCAAGUCUCUGCCAUGGGCCCGGGAGGCAGUGCCCCCCGCCCGGCUGCUCCCACACCUCUGGGCCUGGGAGCCAGCACCCCCGCCCGGCUGCUCCCACACCUCCGGGCCUGGGAGCCAGCACCCCCGCCCGGCUGCUCCCACACCUCCGGGCCUGGGAGCCAGCACCCCCGCCCGGCUGCUCCCACACCUCCGGGCCUGGGAGUCAGCGUCCCUGCCCGGCCACUCCCACACCUCCGGGCCUGGGAGCCAGCACCCCCGCCCGGCUGCUCCCACACCUCCGGGCCUGGGAGUCAGCGUCCCUGCCCGGCCAUUCCCACACCUCAGGGCUCGGGAGCCAGUGCCCCCGCCCGGCCACUCCCACACCUCCGGGCCCGGGAGCCAACGCCCCCGCCCAGCCACUCCCACGCCUCCGGGCCCAGGAGCCAGCGCCCCUGCCCGGCCACUCCCACACCUCCGGGCCCAGGAGCCAGCGCCCCUGCCCGGCCACUCCCACACCUCAGGGCUCGGGAGCCAGCGACCCCGCCCGGCCACUCCCACACCUCUGGGCCCGGGAGCCAGCGCCCCCGCCCGGCCACUCCCACACCUCCGGGCCCGGGAGCCAGCGCCCCCGCCCGGCCACUCCCACACCUCAGGGCUCGGGAGCCAGCGCCCCUGCCCGGCCGCUCCCACACCUCAGGGCUCGGGAGCCAGCGCCCCUGCCCGGCCGCUCCCACACCUCAGGGCUCGGGAGCCAGCGCCCCCGCCCGGCUGCUCCCAUACCUCCGGGCCCGGGAGCCAGCACCACCGCCUGGCUGCUCCCACACCUACAGGUAUCAGCUAGUGGAAAAAGUGCACAAGUUACAUUUCACAUUUCACGCUACCCCAAAGGAACAUGGAGGAGAAACACAGGAGAAGUUGCUCGAGUCCACUGAGAACCGGCCCCGGGCCCCGGACUGCUGCUUGUUCUUGUUCUGCCAGACGCAGAUGGUUAAAGCACAGGAGUGUGCAGCCUCGCGGCCAACACGGUUUAGCACCAUUAUGUGAGAGAGGUGUGGCUCGUGGCUGGGACUCCCGCGGCCAGCACAUGGUCGGGAGCUGGAUUCCUCGCUGCUUCCAUUGAUGGACGAGUUGGGGUUCGCUGUGGUGUCCGGAUGCCCCAGUCCAUGACCGCCUGGCACAGCCUCUGCCCAGCAUGCAGGGCUGAGCUCCGACCCGCGAGCGGCCAGGACGGGAGGAGUCGCUCCUGCCAAGCCCUGAGCCCUUGGAGCGGCAGCCGUCUAGGCAGAGACCCUGCUCAUCUCAGCCAGGCCCAGCAGACGGCCACUAGGCCUUGGCUGUUCCUGGGUCUCUGCAGAGGGAAGGUGGCUACCGCAGCCAGGAGGACGUCCCCAGUGGCUGGCCCAACCUCAGGGAGAGAUGGCAGCCAGGCAGAAGAUGCGGGGGACUCGUGGGGCCUGCGUAUCAGCAGCACAGUGGCUGGGGGGUCAGGGCCACCUGGAGGCUGUGGCAGGUUCAGACAGCAAGGAUGUCACAGGGUUGGGGAAAGAACAAUGGGCUCAGGGGGACCCCCCAUCCCCUCACAGCUGGCUUCUGGCUCCAGGGGCUCUCCCACCUCCCAAGAGCCGGCCACUGGCUCAAGGGACCCUCACCCUCAACAGCCAUCCUCUGUCGCCAGGGGACCCCCACCCCACAACAGAUGGCCUCUAGCUCCAGAGACACCCUCCGCCUCAACAGCUAGUCUCUGGCACCAGUGGACCCCCAACUCCCAACAGCCGGCCCCUGGCUCCAGGGAUACCCCAGCCCCCAACAGCCAUCCUCUGGCUUGAGGGGACCCCCACCCUCAAUGGCCAUCCUCUGUCGCCAGGGGGCCCCCACCCUCAACAGCCGGCCUCUGGCUCCAGGGACCUCUACACCUCCCAACAACCAGCCUCUGGCACCAGGGGACCCCCAUGCACCAACAGCCGGCCUCUGGCUCCAGGAAUCUCCUUGGCUCUUGGCGUGUGAGCUUCUUGGGGCAGGGACUGGCUGCGCUCUGGGGUGCUGGCUCUCACGCGCCCCGAGGGGGAUCCCAGAGCUGACCCCGCAGGGCUAGCAAGGGGCUCCCCUGGGGCUGGGAGAGGGCAGGGUUGGCUCAGGAGCACCUCAUCCCCCCCAGCCGGGUCUCAGGGCCAGUCUGAUUUCACUGCGAGCGGCCCCACUGGCAGGUCUCUGGGGCACAGGGGGUGUCCCCUCCCGCCAUGGUGCCCCAGCUGAUGGAGCAGCCCAAUGACACUGCUACAGGGAGGGUGGGAACAGGGCCAGCCCACUGGCAUUGUCAGGGGGUGGGGAAGUUAGGCCAGCCCACUGGCACUGCUCAGGGGGGAGGGGGAACAGGCCUAGCCCACUGGCACUACUGGGGGGGGAGGGGGAACAGGCC